AUGAAUAUAACGACGAUACUGAGCUGCCUUCUCCUGCUGGCUGCUUCAACGCAAGGAGAAUAUUUAUCUGAUAGCUCCGAAUUUGCCAGUGAUGAACUUGGAGGGUAUGGAGUCGGUGAAGCCUAUGGAGGUGGACUCGGAGGAGGAAAAGGAGGUGGAUAUGGAGCAGGUGAUGGGAAAGGAUUAGGUGCUGGACAUGGUCUUGGUGACGGUUUGGGACAUGGUUCUGGAAUUGGAAGUGGUAUCGGAAAAGGUUCCGGCUUAGGAAGUGGAAUUGGCAGCGGAUUUGGGAAAGGUUCAGGCCUCGGAAGUGGAAUUGGUAGCGGAAUCGGAAAAGGUUCAGGUCUCGGAAGUGGAAUAGGAAGCGGAAUCGGAAAGGGUUCAGGUUUUGGAACUGGAAUAGGCAGCGGAAUCGGGAAGGGUUCUGGACUUGGAAGUGGUAUCGGCAGUGGAGUAGGUAAAGGCUUCGGAAGUGGUGUUGGCAGUGGCAUUGGAAAAGGAUCAGGAAUAGGAAGUGGUAUUGGAAGUGGUGUUGGAAAGGGUUCUGGAAUCGGAAGCGGUAUCGGAAAAGGACUUGGCAGCGGUAUUGGACAUGGGGUUGGAUCUGGACUUGGUAAGGGCACUGGUAUUGGCAGUGGAAUUGGAAGUGGUGUAGGAAAAGGAACAGGUAUAGGAAGUGGUAUAGGACACGGCAUUGGCUCGGGACAUGGCAUCGGAAGUGGCCUUGGGCAUGGUGUUGGUAAAGGAACUGGUAUUGGAAGCGGUGUGGGUAGCGGAGUAGGAAAAGGACUCGGAAGUGGUGUUGGGACUGGAAUUGGCAAAGGUCACGGAAUUGGCAGUGGUAUUGGUAGUGGAGUAGGAAAAGGAAUAGGAAGUGGAGUUGGAUCUGGCAUUGGGAAAGGUCAUGGUAUUGGUAGUGGAAUUGGUAGUGGUGUUGGAAAGGGAGUUGGUAGUGGCAUUGGGAGUGGAGUAGGAAAAGGCCAUGGCAUCGGUAGUGGUAUUGGAAAGGGAUUAGGUAGUGGAGUUGGAUCUGGUUUUGGGAAGGGUAUCGGUAGUGGAAUCGGAAAGGGCGCUGGUUCAGGUAAAGGAUUAGGGGGCGGUUAUGGAGCAGGGAAUGGAUAUGGUGCAGCAUAUGGAGAAGGCUAUGGUCUUAAUGAAGACAGUGCAGAUGAUUUCAAUGCUGGAUACGACGGCAGUCAAGGAAUUGACUCUUUUGAGCACGAUAGUGAAGGUUUCAGUGAUGAACACGCCAAGCACCUAGACAGUGAAUUUGAAGGCCAACUUUUAACUGUACCUAUAGUGAGUCAUAUGUCCAGUUUAAAGCAUAUCCCAGUCAUGCAACACAUCAAACUUGGCGUGGCCGAUGAUGAUGUAAGUACAGGAUAUGAUAACAGUGAAGAAGGAUAUGGACAUAACAGCAAAGAAGAGUAUGGCAGUGAGUACGGUGGGAAACAAAACGGCGAUAGCUUUGAACACUUCCUUUGA